UUGAGAUAUUGUGAAUCCUUACAUGGACGAUGGAAUCUAUUGGAAAUCCGUGCUGUCUUCUUGCGCAGACAUUUGCUUCAGAAUAUAGCUCUAGAAUUGUUCUUGGCGUCGAGAAGUGCUAUCAUGUUUGCAUUCGUCGAUCAAGAAACUGUGAAAAAAGUUGUAUAUCAACUUCCUAGAGUUGGAGUAGGUGUUAAGUAUGGUCUUCCCCAGAGCAGAAAAACUAGUUUGAUGACCCCCAAACAAUUAUUCAAGCAUUCUGACAUGAGCACCAAAUGGCAAAAGAGAGAAAUUUCCAAUUUUGAUUAUUUGAUGUUCAUGAAUACGGUAGCUGGGAGAUCUUUCAAUGAUCUUAGCCAGUACCCUGUGUUCCCUUGGAUACUCACUAAUUACACUUCUGAAGUUCUAGAUUUGAACUUAGCUUCCAAUUUCCGAGACUUGUCUAAGCCUAUUGGAGCACUAUCAGAGUCUCGACGUAAAUUUUUCCAAGAAAGAUAUUCAUCCUGGGAAGACGAUACGAUACCUCCUUUCCAUUAUGGAACUCAUUACUCCACCCAAGCUUUCGCUUUGAAUUGGUUGAUGAGAGUGGAACCAUUUGCUACAAUGUUUUUGAAUAUGCAAGGAGGGAAAUUUGACCAUCCUGAUCGAGUCUUCCAUUGCUUAGCGGAUACUUGGGAGCGCUGUCAAAAAGAUUCUCAUGACGUGAAAGAAUUAAUCCCUGAGCUGUUCUAUUUACCUGAAAUGUUCCGAAACAGCAAUUGUUUCGAAUUAGGAAAUCGUUCUGACAGCACAAAAGUUGAUGAUGUUGUUUUACCAGCAUGGGCAUCUAGCCCUGAAGAGUUUAUUACCAUCCAUCGUCAAGCAUUAGAAAGUGACCUGGUCAGCUGUCAGCUUAACUCAUGGAUUGACUUGAUUUUUGGAUACAAGCAAAGAGGCCCAGAAGCGGUUCGCUCUACCAAUGUUUUCUACUAUCUUACCUAUGAAGGAGCAGUUGAUCUUAAAUGCAUUGAAAAUCAGACGCAAAUCGAAGCCAUACAGUCUCAGAUUAUGUCAUUCGGACAAACACCUGUUCAACUUCUAACUGAAGCUCAUCCUCCUCGUCACAGUGUGAUGAGCAUGGCUCCUAUGAUGUUCCGAAGAUGUGAUGAGGACCUAUGCAUGUUGAUGAAGUUCAUUUCGAACAGCCCCAUAGUGUAUUUGGCUGCUAAUACCUUUCCUCAGCUGGUGCAACCUACAGUCGUCUCAAUUGCAAACAACUUGGUUUUCUCUUUGAACCGAUGGGAUAACAGUUUCUUAUAUGGGAAUAAUCGUUCGUCCAUAGCUCUUGGAGAUAAAUCAAACGACUCUGAUGCCAAUCCUCAGAACGAUCUUCCAUUGACAGUUGAUCCUCUCUUGGCCACUGGAAAUCCUUCACAACCUUUACCUCGCCGACAUUUGGGAGAUGCUUUCGAUCACAGAUUGGCUAUCAAGUGGAAUAACUUCGUUACCACCACUGAUAGUCGCUCAAUAAUUGCUUGUGGUUAUCCGGACUAUUCUUUCCGUAUUAUCGAUACAGACUCAGCACGAGUUCGACAAGUCGUUUACGGACAUGGUGAUGUUGUCACUUGCAUCGCACGAUCUGAAACUAGCCUUUUUGCGGAUUGCUAUUUGGCUACAGGCAGUCUUGAUUGUACGGUUGCACUCUGGCAUUGGAAUGGACAGAACUGUUGCGUGGCCGGUGAAUACAACCAACCAGGAGAAGUUCCUUCGCCUAGGGCGAUUUUGACAGGGCACGACGCAAGAAUUACUGCUCUGGCAGUAUCAGCUGAGCACGGAGUAGUUCUGAGUGGAUGUGAAGAUGGUACAAUCCUGAUGCAUACAACCACAGGCGACUUGUUGCGACGAGUUGAAGGAAGCCAGCGAGUGAGCUUAUUGAUGAUGAGCCGUGAAUGCAUCAUUCUGGCUUUGUUCGGCAAUAAUCAUAUCAUGACUCUAUCAACCACAGCUAGAAUGUUGCAUGAAGUCAAAAGUGAUGAAAAAAUCGAAUGUGCCUGUUUGACACGUGAUGGAGAAUUCAUCAUUUUUGGUUCUGAAAAUGGAAAAUGUUCUGUUUGGCGACUGUUCCCACUCCAGAAACUGUAUAGUUUCCAGAGUGUCGAUGCUGCAAUUAGAUCUGUAGCUGUCUCUUCAAACCAUCGUUUUGUUUUAUGCGGAUUAGACACUGGUGCUAUCGUUGUAUUCAAUGUAGAUUUCAAUCGCUGGCACUACGAAUACAAACAUAGAUAUCAAAUUCAGAAAAAGUAG